GGCACUGACUGGCAUCACUGCUGGGCACUGACUGGCGGCACUGACUGGCACAACCGCUGGGAACUGACUGGUGGCACUGACUGGCAGCACUGCUGGGCUGCACUGGUGGGUGGCACUGGUGGUCAGCACUGGUGGGUGGGCACAGGUGGGUGGCACUGGUGGGCACAGGUGGGUGGCACUGGUGGGCACAGGUGGGUGGGCACAGGUGGGUGGCACUGCUGGGCACAGGUGGGUGGCACUGUUGGGCACAGGUGGGCGGAACUUGCGGGUGGCACUGCUGGGCACCGAUCAUCAGGGCACUGAUCAUCAGUGCCCUGAUGAUCGGUGCCGAUCCCCGCUCUGACAACUGCCGGUUCUCGGCAGUACUUUCCUCAUGAUCUGACAGCGUGAGGAAAGUGCAGCCGAGAACCGGCACUUGCAU